AUGUUCUACGAAACGGAGUAUGUUGAAUCUAUAUGGGUAAGUUAGCCGACAUCUCAAUGUCUUGAUUAUUUGCAUAUUCAGUUGCCUAAGUGAAAGGCUAUUUUCUGAGGCAAUACAAAUGUAGGCCACUUAAGGUCUUCUAACAGAGAUAUGAUAAAGUAAAUCCACUGAUGCGAAAUGGGUACAUACUGUAGGUGUGCUAACUCAUGAAACCUUGGCCAAAAUUCUGAAAUGCGUUUUCGUUUCGAAAAGAUUACUUAAGUAGGGUUAUACAUUAAUCAUCAUACAUUAUUGCUGUAUCCAGUUGGUCAACGUUUGGAAUUCUCCAUGACUUCAACAUUAGUAAAUGCAGAGACACGAUGUUUUAUAAACGGGCAUUUCACGAUAUUAAAAAUAUCAUAGUUAGAAACUUUCUGGAAACCGAAUUGUACACUUUUUCUGAGUAUGAAAUUGGAAGAAGACGUAUUUUUCUACCGAAUGAGUAAAAAGAUGAAUGUUUUUAUGCAUGCUUUCCAUGAAAUAUAAUUGAAUUUUUAAGGGCAUCGGAAAUCAAUGAUGAAAAUUCACGCUACUUAAGUAGUCAUUUUUACGGAUUGUGGUUUUGCAUGCGGUCGGAAAGAAGUUCGAUCGAAAGCCGGCAUCUUGAGGUAACUGAAUUAUUAUAGAAUUAUGCUGUACGAUAAUUGAUUCCAAAACUCCUGAGGUGAUCUUUCGAACCGAAAACGCCUUUCAGAAUUUCGGUUAACAUUUCAUGAGUUACCACACCUACUGUAACUUCGUGAAGUCCAGGCCCAUGAAAUGCUCUGCUAAAUACUACUCAUCCAACAAAAUGGAUGAACGUGCGACAACGCCCCCUUGAAAUGCACUAUCUUUCUAACAGGCAUACUUACUUUCUCCACUCACAGGGAAUGGAAAGGUAAGGAAAAAGCACAAGGUACUUGGGAAUGAACAACAGCGGCAAAGGUGCGGACAUAAUCCUUGCUUAAGUAGGAAAGCUAGUGAAAAGAGAACAAUUAGAAAGACUGGCAGACGUAGAUACAAAUGCAUGAUCUGGCAAGUGAGUAGAUGAGAAAGCCACGGAAAUCUGUCCUUUGUUGACACUUACACUCCAUUUAUAAGCAAAAAGGCGACUUUUGGGGAACGAUGAGGAGAAGUACUCGUUGAAGCAUGUUCCCCACUGCCCACAAAUUUCGGAUUUCCAGUCAGACCUCUCAUUACGAAUAGUAUCAGAUGGUGCUGGUUCAACUAGUAAUCCUAUAUGCUAACGUAGUGAGUACUUACCCAUUCAAUCAGGUCUAUGUGUUAUUUAUUGCUGAACUCUCGUCUGCAUCGAUGCCGCCACCCAGAAUCUCCAGUCUUUGCAGCUGGUAUUUGAUAAUAUAGAGUUUCAUAAGAAUGUCCCUGUUUCGAUAACUGAGAAUGGUGCAUAUGCUUUGCUGAUCGGGAAUUUUGAGACAGAUUGUUUAUACACCCUCCUUGAGGCGCCACUGAGAGCUUGCUUUUCUGUCUAAAAUCCGCUCAAUUUUGCGGUUUCGGUACAUAGGAACAUUCAUCCCCAAAUACAAUAAAGAACACUGGCAAUAUGCAUUUACAACUUUUCAUAAAACCAGCUUUUUAAACUUGACGAACCUUUUAUGUUUCUAGCUAAAUCGUGAAAGGAAUACCUUUUACAGUAAGUUUCGGAGGCCGGCCUCUUAUUGAUAUCCUUUCAUUUGUGCUUUCUGUUUUUUCCUUGAUACCCAGAGAGAAGCGUUUGAGCUUGCAUGCUGCCCAAAUGACAAAAUCUACUUCAAAUCGAUUGCCAAUAGGCGAAAAAGAAGAGCACCAACUGUAGAAAAUUCGCCCUGUGUACUUUUGGCUGGCAGACAUUUCAAAUGGCAUAGGCAGAAUAUUCACCGAUCGACCCUGAUUUCAGGAUUGAAUAGGUUCCAUUUCUUCGGGCUCCCGAUUGGCGGCGAUGGUUACUUCAGUCACACCAGACAUCGUAGCAUAAACAUUUUAUCUGUAUACGGUCCUUGUGGCGGUCAAGGUUGUGAGAUUAACAAUAAUUUCGUUCCGUCUUAUGUCAGAAGUCAGGGGGCUGUGAGAACACGUUUAUUCUGUACACAGGGAAGGUUGCCGCAAGUUGGCUGUUUGCUUGUGACAGAGCUAAGCGUCCGGUUCCGGAGAGCGUCAGUCGCAGUGUGGUGUUUACGCGGGAGCGUGCCUGUGUCAGCAGAGGGGGGUGACUGGCUGAGUGUUGGUCAUGUGAUCGGACGAAUCAGGGGAGGAAUAGGAGGGCGCAUACUCAUAAGGGCUCACGGGUAUUAAACCAGGGCGUCCGACGCGCGUGAGGUGGUGAAAGUUUGUGAGGGCAGCCGGGAGUCACUGGAGCUGGACGGGAGGUGCUUCAGUUCUGGCCGGCGGGGGUGGCCGUGUGUCAACGGCCUGUUAACAGUUGUCGCGUCCAUCGACUGACAAAAUGGAGUCGGAGUAGGCGACACUGGGGCGGUUGCUACACCCUAAAAGCGGCCCUCGUCGCCUGCAGCAUCAUGUUAACCGCAAAACCGCUUGAAACGUUUGAUUUUCGAGGAAGAUCUUGGUGAUAGGGAGAUUAUGAAGCUUUUUAGGCGCUCUGAGCAACUGGUAUACGGACAUACUAUUGUCGCCACAACAUUCAACCUGUUUUUCCUAACGGUCCUCAUUUGCCCACAUACAUGCGGAAACUGCUUGCGGCAUUCUCGAGUAUCACCAGAAUCGUGUGGUGUUACAAAGCGUUGUUUCCAAAACAAGGAAGUGUUCCUUCCAGUCUCCACACAUUUGGUACCCAACUUGAGUUUGCAAAAGCAUAACAGAGCUACGAAUGACAAAAUCGAUAUGGGAAUAAUUUAUAUAUAGAUUAUGAAUACAGUUGGGACCACGAGGCACAUAGUUCAGAAGGUAGCGCGACUGGUAUCAUAUGCAGUGCCUUCAGCUUAUCUCGGGAGUAGCGCCGACCGACUAUGCUUUUGGCACAACCUGAGUGUACUGCUUUCAUCCUCUCGUUGCUGAAUCUCAGACAAAGAUGCCUCCGAUGCAGAUGGUUGUGAUUUCAGUCACAUCGCCGCUGUAUCAGCUAUUGAUGCCAUCAACGAAUUUUUAAACACUUCACAUGCUAACUAGAAUGUUGUACAAUACGGGCUGUAUCUCUCUAACCCAUGAACAGUAAACUUCACAUGCAAAUGCACAAACUACUGUCCAUGCACAAGUUCACACCCACCCUAAAGGAACUUGGUGCAUACGGUACAAAAUCCUCUCAAUAAUAAGCCUGUUACAAAUAUUCCUCGCAUUUGAUCUGCCCUUAUAAAUUACAUAUUUCAAGAAAUCUCGUGGAAGAAAUCAAGUGGAAAAAGAUCCAAUGCCCAGACAGUCACUCCAAGUGUCCCCCGGUUAAUCCACCAGUCGUCGGAUACGUCGAUGAGACAACCCAGGCCGACAUGGACAUAAGGUAGAGCGGUUUCGUCCUACUAAAACCGCACAUGAACCACCUGCUGCCACAAUAGUUGGCGUUAGGACUCUGCAUGAACCACUCCUGCAAAUAGGCGUUAAGAGUAGAAAUCUCCUUGCUAAUCCAUACCACCGAGUCGAAGCUUUGAUACUCGAAGGACGUGGUACGGCCGAAGAUGUUUUUAACUAUUUUGUAGGCGACAGCCCUUGAGGAGCUGAAACUGUGGCAAGCUGCUAGGCAUUCUUUAAGGACGUCACCAUACGUUCUGCGUCUUGUAUUUACCCACGUCGUCAGUUGAAGCGCAGGAUCUCAAACUACUCAGUGGAUCAUGAAGGAUGUCUGUUUUAAGGAAUCUUUGGGCUGCAUCAGUGACCCCCCUCCCAAAUACCUAAGAUUGAACUUUCUUGCGAACUCAUCCGAGUUCCGACCAUAUUCUUAAGGAAGAACUACGCAUUUAGCACUCUCAUGAACGACCAUUUUUGUCGUUUUUGUCUCUCCACUGGUGGCGUCCGCGCGCAAUUGUUCACCGCAAUUUCAAGAGGCCAAGCGAUUUUUAUUAUCAAGAAAAGCGGUUACAACGACAGUUUGACCGUCGUGAACAACUAUAUCCACCCUGCGACCUACAGCAUGGUGGGUGCAGGGACAAUGAUUUGCUUGCCAAUUAGUCUACGGCGACAGACGACAUGUGCUACAUGCAGCACACAUACUUUCCUCCCACAUCCACCUCUGCCCGGUGUCGAGACUAAGUCAGGAAGACAAUAGGUGGGAUCUGGAACAGUGGGUGACAGGGUUAAGCAGCCUGUUUGCGCCUGCCACACCAGGAUCUAACCAAAACAACAAAGAGCGGGUCAUAUUCCAAAUAAGUAGAAGCACCGUAGAGGCCAACUUGAGGAAGAGCCAUUACAGUCUCCAAAAAGCUGGUCGGGCAUCUGAUGCGGGCGAUUGGUGCGGCUUGAGCCUGAGACUAGGCCUGCCACCACAUCCCCAUGGGUGUCAUGGGCGCGCAGCUCGGUUAGAGCGUCCACUACCCUAGUCUGGAUCUCCUAUUAGUCCGGCACGUCUCUCGCGAGGUCCGUGGGGAGGCUGAAGAAAAGUACAAAUACUUAACUGACUACAUGGGCCUGGUAAUUAAAGCUAUCCACCUAUGGAUCUGCCUUUUAGCUUUAUUCAUACCUAUUUGAAUAGCAUCUACAACCUGGUUAGUGCGCAGAGAACUAAAACGCACGAAUGCAAAUGUCUUCAAUUGAGGCUCCUUUGAGAGCACUCUGUGCCCGAGACAACGUACAUUUUUGCCAGGAGCCUUUUUCUUGCCAUUUCCCGUUUAUAUCUCUCCACCUUUUUGCGUUGACAUCUUUUGCUAGAUUCGCUGCCUAAAACGUAAUUUCUAUGCUACCAGAUCGGCUGGCCUACUUUCCAGUUACCAAGGCGACAUUGUCCGCAAAUUAUCUGACAAGAAUCACCGCUUUCCUAGUCGAACAGGAGGGCUUUCACUCAACUCAGCCCUCCGUUAA